UUGAGGAAUCUAGACGGGCAUGAAAUAAGCUUGUGAGUCCAGUAUUGAGUCGAGGACGAAAGACCGUGAUGGCUUCCCCUGUAAAGGCAGGUUUCCACAGGCUGGAGAUCCAAAAUACAACGUGGGACGUUCCGGAGCGAUACACGACGCUGAAACCCGUGGGUUCGGGGGCAUACGGCACAGUAUGUUCUGCUAUUGACCAGAAAACGAAGGAGAAGGUGGCCAUAAAGAAGCUCUAUCGUCCCUUCCAGUCACUGAUCCACGCCAAGCGUGCUUACCGCGAACUCCGCCUGCUGCGCCACAUUCAGCAUGAAAAUGUGAUCUGUCUCCUGGAUGUCUUCACACCUGACUCCUCGCUGGAGAAAUUCCAGACCUUUUACAUGGUCAUGCCAUUUGUGGCUCAGGACCUGGGUCACAUUAUGAAAAGGAGGAGAUUGACAGAUCGCAUCAUCACCUACCUCUUCUACCAGAUACUACGGGGACUAAAGUAUAUCCACUCUGCAGGGAUAAUCCACAGGGACCUUAAGCCCAGCAACCUUGCUGUGAAUGAGAAUUGUGAGCUAAAGAUCCUGGACUUUGGUCUUGCAAGACACACAGAGAGUGAGAUGACAGGGUAUGUGGUCACUCGCUGGUACAGGGCACCAGAGGUCAUUUUAAACUGGAUGCAUUACAGCCAGACAGUGGAUGUGUGGUCUGCAGCCUGUAUUCUGGCUGAGAUGAUCACAGGCCAAGUCCUCUUCCCUGGCAGUGACAGUAUCGACCAGCUGAAGAAAAUCCUUAAUCUGACAGGAACGCCUCACCCCUCACUGGUGCAGAAGAUGCAGAGUAAAGAUGCCCGUUCUUAUGUGCAGUCCCUCCCCCCUCAGAAGAAGAAAAACUUCAGGGAGGUGUUCUCCUCCAUGGAUGGAAAAGCGGUGGAGAUACUGGAGGGAAUGCUCCUCUUGGACCCUGAGAAGAGAAUGACAGCCAAAGAGGGCCUCUCGCACCCCUACCUGUCUGAGUUCCACGAGCCUGAGUCCGAACCCGAUUCCCAGCCGUACGACGACUCAUUUGAGAGCUUGGAGCUCGAAGUGGGAGAGUGGAAGAGUCUUAUCCACAUGGAGAUCAUGACCUUCGACCCUGAUAACCCCAGAGAAACCGCAACGUAGGGGACAACAGGACUUAAACUGAGAGUCUUAACACUGUCACCAACCAAAGAACUGCAGGAUCCACAGAUGGUAGACAGCUGGAAAAAUAUACUUGAUGGGGACAAAAAACACAGCCAAUUGGUUGCAGUUGUCUUCAUUUCACACUAAUACUCAGAGAUCAUGGACAUAUGAGAUGGUCCACAAUUACUACCUUUAAUUGUUCUGGAAACUAUUCCUCUUUUGUGUGUAGAUUAAAGCUGUUUGCUCUUCUGAGCCAUUUUUAACAUAAUUAUUCAUAACAGCACUGGGUGUAACUAUUUUUAAAACUGUAACAAUCUUCAAGCAUGACACACACUAUAGAUAUUGUGUUUUAUACAAUUAUGUUUCAAUGUACAAAGUAUAUGAGACCACUUGAUCUGUGCCUGUACUCUACUCUUGAGUAAAUCUACUACCAGACCCUUACAGUCUUUGUGAACAUUAUGUUUUGUAUGUUAUACUGUGUAUGUUCUGUUGUGAGCCAUCAAGAAAUAUUGUUCUGCUGCCAUGAUAAGUGUAAUUUACUUGUGUUCACCAAAUAAACGUGUACUGUA